AGCAGAAGUGAACUCGUCGAACAGCAACAAACUUUUUAAUUGAGAGUGUUUUGAAGUAAUUAAUAUUGACUUCGAUCGACAAAAAAAACUUUUUUUAAAAAAAGGUAAAAAAAAAAAGUUUUUUGGUUGUAAAAGAGAAAAAGUUUUCGACGACGCGCAACAGGAAACAAUGGGUAUCAAAAUUCUCUUUUUGUCGCUUUUUGUGUUGUUUCUCGCGGAUGCCAAACCAACAUUUGGUCAAAUUGGAAUAAUUGGCGGCGGAAUUAGUGCGUAUCCCGCGUACGGAAGAUAUCCUUAUUAUGGCGGCGGAUAUGGGAGAAGUUAUGGCGGUUAUCCGUAUGGCGGCGGUUACGGGGGAGGCUAUGGAGGAUAUCGACGCCCUUUUACGCCGCCUUUUGGAAGACCUUUUCCGAUUGCCGUGUUUGGAGGAUGAUUUUUUAAGUUAAUUUGCAUGUAAAAUUAAUUAUUGAGUGUGUGUGAUAAAUAAAAAAAAAUGUUACUUGAGUCA